AUGUCUGCGCUUCCAAUGGCGCCGCCGGCCAAGGGCCCUCUCAGCCGGUAUCGCUUGCUGUCGCCGUCGGCAUCACUCAGAGUCUCCCCUCUGUGCCUGGGCGCAAUGAAUUUCGGAACAGCUUGGGAGUCGUAUAUGGGGGCGUGCGAUCAAAAGACUACUGAGAGCAUUCUCGAUUACUUUUAUGAACAGGGCGGGAACUUCAUUGACACAGCAAACAACUACCAAUUUCAACAGUCGGAGCAGUGGAUUGGCGAGUGGAUGAGGAAGCGUGGAAACAGAGAUGAGAUGGUGGUCGCCACCAAGUACACGACAAAUUCGAUGGCUGGUGAACUGGGAGAAGGACGUAUUAUGGCAAAUUUCACGGGAAACGGGACCAAGAGCCUACACGUCUCUCUGAAGGCAAGCUUGAAGAACCUGGCCACCGAUUAUAUUGACCUUCUUUACGUCCACUGGUGGGACUUCUCUGUCUCGAUCCCCGAGCUGAUGCAGAGCCUCAACCACUUGGUCGUCCAAGGCAAGGUUCUAUAUCUGGGCGUGUCUGACACACCUGCUUGGGUUGUCUCCAAAGCCAACCAAUAUGCACGGGACCACGGCCUGAGGCAAUUCUGCGUGUACCAGGGCCGCUGGAGCGCAGGGAGCAGAGACUUCGAGAGAGAAAUCAUCCCAAUGUGCAGAGACGAGGGUAUGGGCUUGGCUCCUUGGGGUGCUCUGGGCGGCGGGGCAUUCAAGACCGAGAAACAGAGAAACUCUCAAGAGGGCCGCAAAGUCCAGGCCACCGAGGAGCAGAUCAAAGUUUCGGGUGUCCUUGAAAAGAUCGCCAACCGCAAGAACACAGCCAUCACGAGUGUCGCUCUGGCAUAUGUCAUGCACAAGACGCCAUAUGUGUUCCCAAUCGUCGGUGGCCGAACAAUAGACCACCUCAAGGGAAAUGUCGAGGCCUUGAAGCUGCACCUGUCUCGUGAGGACAUGAAGGAGAUCGAGGGUGCCGUGCCGUUUGACCACGGCUUCCCCACCACCUUCUUGUACCAGGGGAAGUCUGUCGACCACCCAGGUGAGGUUUGGCUUCUCGGAAUGGGAGGGACCUUCGAUUAUGUUCCUCUACAGGAGCCCAUCACACCGGCUGAGAACUAG